AGCAGGUAUAAAAAACAAGUGGUUUUCUGAGAAGUUAUAUGAUUGCAAAAAAAGGGUAUUGUAUAAAACAAGAGCUGGAUGCUUGUAGUUUCACUUCGAAGAGAGAAUAUCGUUGCUGAAAGAUGUUUCGUUGGAUCAUGAGAAUCCUGUGGCGAAACAAUCCCCCUAAAAAGGAACAGACUCCAGAGUCUCCACUUCUGGAUGAGCCAUGGAGGGAACUACGCUGGGGAGACAGACAAAGGGAUCUUCAGUAUGUGCAGGAGUACAAACCUGCAAGAGAGGACAUCAGGUACCUUCGAGUCCUGCUAUAUGGACCUGUUGGAGCUGGAAAAUCCAGUUUAAUUACCUCUGUCAGUAAUGUCCUUCGAGAACAAAUUACGAUUCCUGCAUUGGCUAAUGCGAUCACGUCUGACAAAAGCUUCACCAAACAAUAUGAUACUCAUAAAUUCGCCAAAGGACGAGGAAGCUCAAAGACAUUCUACUCUGUGGUCUUCAAUGACAUCAUGGGUCUGGAAGAUGGGAGCAACAAUGGAGUUCAUCCUAACGACAUCAAGCUGGCUUUAGAAGGUCGUUUAAAGGAGGGCCACAAGUUCAACCCAGUUUCUCCAGUAACUAAAAAUGAUCCAGGCUAUAACAAAAGCCCCUCUGCUGACGACAGAGUUCAUGUCCUGGUCUGUGUGGUGUCUGCCAACACUCCACAGAUUAAAUCAUCAGUUCUGGAGAAGAUGAAAAGCGUCAGAGAAACAGCCAGUGAACUGGGAAUUCCUCAAAUGGCCAUGAUGACCCACAUUGAUGAUGCCCGUGGUGAAAUUGAGAAAGACCUGAAAACUGUGUACAAGAGCAAACACCUGAGGAAAAAGAUAAAGGACUUCAGUGCAGCAGUGGGAAUCCCCAUCAACUGCAUCUUUCCUGUGAAGAACUACAGUGAAGAAAUCGACUUGAACGAUGAUGUUGAUUUUCUGAUCCUGAGCGCCUUGAAGAAAAUGGUCAUCUUUGGAGACGACUUUAUCGAGAAAAACUGUUGAGAUUUGAAGGAAACACUGAAGGUGGAGGCAUUCAGUUACAUGUAAAAACAGUUAAAGCUUGAAUAUAUGUUGUUUCAGUAAAAUAAAAUAAAAAAAAACCACUAAAAUGUUUGUACAUGUUAGGUGGCAGUAUGUGUAAUUUACAUUGCUUUACAACAACUGAUUCGUACAAAAUAAAACUUUGAAGGAUUUCAAAACAAUUCUUUAACAAUCCUUACAUAACAUCACAAAGCAAUAACAUUUUUAGACGUGAGAGAUAUUUUCAAUUUUCUAACACACUAAGGAUAUUUGAACCAAUGCCAACGUAGAAAGCAGAGCAGCAAGAUAAAUAACACAUCUUGUGGAUGGUGUGGAUCAGUUUAAUUUUUGGGUGAUUUGUUCAAAGUUUAUGUUUUCCUGGUAAGGUGUCAUUAAAUAAACUAUUUAUCCUAUUA